AAUAUGUCUAAUGGAGAUGACCUUUAAAAGACCAGCCAAUAACAGACAACUAUCCUUUGAUGAAAUCUCAGCAGAAACCAAGCUGCCAUUAGGCGAAGUUGAACUCCUGGUCAUGAAGGCACUGUCGCUUCAAUUAGUGAAGGGCAGAAUUGACCAAGUUGACCAGAAAGUGCAGAUGACCUGGGUGCAACCAAGGGUGCUAGAUCUACAACAGAUCGCCACCAUGCAGAUGCGAUUGAACCAGUGGAUCACAGAUGUCAAAUCAAUGGAGAUGUUAUUGGAGAGUAAAGCACAGGACAUUCUAACUCUAUAGGAGUAACAUCACCAGGACUAAAAUUACCUUUAUUGAUUAGUAAAAGAACUAGAACCCCUGGUGACUAGAAUUUCUGAGAAUUAUAAUUUCACAGAUUUAGAGUACAUCUACCUGGGAUUAAGAUCUCCAGAGAUUGGAAUAAGAUGCAAUCUAUGUUAUCAUUAACUAAUAUUACCAAAAUAAGAAUUGUUGAAAUAAUCUGGGAGUGUGAUGAUGGAUUAAAAUUCCUUUAAUUUCUGAGUGCAGGGAGUAGCCAUCCUUUGAAAGGACUGCAGUCUCUUGUAUAAAUGACAUAUUGUUAUUAAUGAUGAAAGAUAUUUAGAUAUUCAUUGGAGUCUAUCAAUACCCAAAGAACAAGGACCAAAUUUUCUGCAUGGAAAACUUCAUAUGAUCAUCAUUGCCAAAGAAUGUAGAGAACAGAGAAUAAACCUAUGAACAGAGAUUUUGUCCGAUAUCUUAUAUGAUUUCAUCGAACCUCUAUUCUUGUGUCUUUGCUUUCUGUUCCCAAAGGGUUAUAUGUGAGGAAGAUGUGAGGGGGAGAGAGUGGAUACAGGAACCCCCUGCAUGCAAUGGAUGUUUUAAAAAUCAGAAGUUGACAAAUCGAAACAUGUGCAAAAUGUUUGAUAGUUUCAGUUGUGAACUAUCCAAUACUUUUGAUAGAAAUAAAUUGUAUAUAAUAUGUAAAAAAAUAAAA